GCGCAAAUUUGCAGGUGACUUGCAAAUGCAUUCUGCUUCUGUAAUACGAAAAGUCAGACUUGCAGGUCCUGCAUUUAUAUCUUGAUGUUGCAGAGCUUCUGUAAUACCGGGCUUAGUUAUGACGUCGGCAAUGGUGGCACACCAAUAUGGCGGCGAUUACCAAAACGAGGCCGAUAGGCACUCCUUAGAGUCUGUAUUUUGCUUGGUUUUCACAAACCAUUUUAGAGGGAAGCCUAAAACGAUAAGUAUUUUUAAUCCAUUAUAGCAAUAAAUCCUAGAAAAAAAAUUUUCAUGCAAUCUUAAUUUACUGGCAUAAUGUACACGGCGAUGACUCGACUCUUCCAAUAUGUACUGUUAUCUGGCAUACCUACACAUGCAUUUUUAAUUCAUUUGCAAAACGUACAUGACUAUGACCCCGCAAUGGCAAAACUUACUGCUAUUUGGCAUUAACGAAUCGGAAGCGUAGAUACAGGCUAUUUGCCAUAUUCAUGUACGAAGUGCUUAUAUGCGGUCGGGUGGCCGUAUUAAGGCCAAAGUACCAGUGAUGACGCAACGACGUGUUGUUUCGCGCCUGACAUAGGGUGUUUGCACCACAAAUUAUAAUUGCGCUGAUUUUUGCCAUAAUGGCGUUUCCGAUUGGUUAGAAAUUACGAAAAUUCUAACAUUUUUUUGAAUUUAUUAUUAACCCCCGCCCAUGGUCGGCACAUUGACAGUUAACUAUUUGCAGCUAACUUUACACCGAUGUAUUAUCAGCUGUGCUGUCAGGGGCAAACUUCACCCACCACUCACAUCUAUUAUUUUCCAAUGGAAGAGAAGUUUUAUAUAAAUAUAUUGAAAAAUAAUGUUAUAAUAUGUGUGACCUUUUUAUCAGUCCUUGAUCUUCUCAAUAGUGAUAACAGCGACAGAUUUCCACAACACAACGGUUUAUUAGUUCAGUAGCCAAGUGAACAGAAAAAUAAAGUGAAAUGUUUUCGAAAAAAACUUAGGUCUGUCCACAAACAAACCACCAUGGCCUAUCUCGUACAGCACAAGCAGCUGGACAAGCCUGGCAAAGAGUGCAUCCAUUCUGGACAGUUUAUGGUGUCCCAGUUUGAGGCUGAAGAACAGGACGACGAGGACAACGUCGCUGUCCCUAUACCCGAGGUUAUCGAUAACAAGGCUCUGGUGACUGUUAAUCCGUUUUUUCAAAGCACUCAGUCUUCGAAUAGCAAGAAGACUCAACAGCAACUGUUCAUAGAUCAGAGCCUUUCCAAGUUGUUUCAUUGUAUGUCGCUGGCCUAUAGGCAAAAAUUAACUUCACCCAAAUGGAACAGAUUCCGUGGUAUCAGAUUGAGGUGGAAGGACAAAAUCCGGCUAAACAAUGUGAUAUGGAGGUGCUGGCAUCUUCAAUUUAUCAAAAAGGAAAACACCCUUAUUUGUCAGUUUGCUUCCCCACUUGAUGUAGAUACGCAUAACAAACCUGAGGCUAUAGUUCUCGAAGGAAAAUACUGGAAAAGAAAACUAGCUGCUGUUACAGCCGAAUACAAGAAAUGGCGCAUGUUUUACCGAAACCACCUUUGCGGGCACGUGCCCAAAGAAGAUAUGGACAUGCUCAACGAUGUCGACGCAAUAUUGGGCGAUUCCAACAGCAUGGACAAUAUGAACAUGAUGAUAGACGAGGACUAUAUGGGACUGAUGAGCGACACGUUGUUUUCAACUAUAACCAAUCAACCGUUUGCUUUUCCUGAUACUAGAGAACUUGCUAAAUCCGGUUUUGCCGACUUCAUACAGCCCAGUUUGGGACCUCUACAGCCUAACUUGGACGAUUAUAUGGAUACUUUUGAUCCGUUACAAGAAUUAUAUUUAAACAACAAGCUACCAACUGUACCUGAAGAGCAACCGCAAUCCGUUACUUGGGUGUAUAGAGAUUACCCUGAUGCUAUCGACUCAGUGCCGAAUUCCGUUCAAUAUCAGCCACAGCUGCAAAACAUUGAAGUCAAAUCAAUACAAAACCAAAACGUCGCUUUCAGUGACGUGAUGCUACAAUCCACAGAGUCUUACGUACAAAACAGUAGUUACCCUAUUAUAGCAAAGGCCAAGCCUACUAGAGGAAAAUUGAGCCAAAGUAUGCCUUCAACUAGUUACGUUUAUAACCAGCCAUCUGUUAACGAACUGGCUAUUAUACAGGUUUCAAAAAAUCAAGCUGUGGAUACGUUUGUUCAGCAACAAUCGGGUUAUAAGUUUGCGGCUCCGAGUCGGCCCAGUACGAAAUUUACAUCACAGCAACAAAAUAUGCCACAGGUACAGACGCAAAUGACGCAUCUCUCGAUGCACGUAGCACCACAAACUUCUCCUUAUCACUCUAACUUUUCUACUGUACAAAAAGAUGACAGCAGAACGGAAAGGCCAAGAGUUCGAGGUGCCCCUAGGGGCAGAGGCCGGUCAAGAUCAAACACUAGAGAACCCAUGAAAAGGCCCCCUUUGCUAUCGGCCGCCAGCGAACCUGUACUUUUAACCCAGCUAUUAACUACAAGUUCGCCACUUAGCGAAGCCGUCCAAGCCUACAACCAAAGCCAAAACCUGGGCUCGUCCCCAGAUCUAUCUCAACACAGACGCAUAAAAGAAGAAGCAAGUCCCAUUUUAGCUUCGCCUACUCUUUUAACUCUCACCAAUGGCGAUCCUCCCUACCUUAGCCCUUAUAGCAGUCCGUUGGACUCGCCGGUGCCGAAUCUUCACUCGCCCACCUCGUCGCAGGGAUCGAUCGGAUCGCCGGGACGGGAGGGUUCCAGUAAAGAUAGGCGGGUGGGUCACAUACACGCCGAACAGAAAAGGAGGUGCAAUAUCAAGAACGGGUUCGAUAUGAUCCAUUCGCUUAUACCGCAACUGAAUCAGAACCCGAAUGCUAAGUUGAGUAAAGCUGCAAUGUUACAAAAAGGCGCCGAAUACAUCAGACAGCUACGUUCCGAACGGAAUCAGCUCAAGGACGAAAUGGAAUCUUUAAGGCAACAAAUCGAAACGCUAAACACUUCAAUAAGCAACUGUCAAUCGAUGCUGCCGGCUACUGGGGCUCCAGUAUCGCGCAGGCGCGACAGCCGAAUGCAGGAAAUGUUCGACAAGUACGUUAGCAGGCGUACGAUGGAGAAUUGGAAAUUUUGGAUUUUUAGCCUUAUAUGUAGGCCUCUAUUGAAUUCGUUCAAUAAUUUCGUUUCUUCGUCCAGCCUGGACGAUCUUUAUAGUUCGACGUUGUUAUGGGUGGAACAACAUUGUACUCUUGUAGAUCUCAGACCAGUUGUCUUAAACUCUUUACGGUACCUGUGCACCAAAACCGAAAUCCUGUCGGAACCGGAAAAGUUGCCCGAUGAAGCUAGAAAGUUAGUUUUAAUUAAAGACAAAUAACACAUUGUUUAUAAAGUGUUUUAGGUGUAAGCGCAUAUUUGCUCAUUUAAUUUUUUUUUAAGACUAAUAGUUGAAAUCACAGUUGAAAAUAUGGCAGAAAAUUAAUAAAGUGUGAUAUAGUAAAGUGGUUUAAGAUUUUUUGGAUGAUUUAGUUUUAAGGUCUGAAUCACUUUACAGUUUUUUUUUUUAGAAAUACACUUGUGGACAAAAUUAUCUUUUUGCUUAUUUCAUGGGCCUGAGCCAUACAAAAAAUGAAUUUUUAAGUCACUCAUAAAGUGUCUACGAGUGUAAAUUCUUCCAGCAAAUUAAAAUUAUGUAUUGUGCCUUUUUCGGUAUAGGUUUUAAAUUUUAUCUUACUUUUUACCUACUUAUACAUAGGUAACUUUUAGGGGUACAGUUUGUCUGCGAAAAGUUUCUAUAUUUGACAAGUAAAGCGGUGUACAGAGUGGUCUAAUUUGGACACUUUUAAUAUUUCUGAGUGAGAUAAAAAAAAAAAUGAACCUUCCUUACUCUGAGGCUCAAAUUUUAUGGAAUCUUGAUUGGUGCGAACCACAUUCUGAAUCAAUUCUUUUCAUAAACAAAAAAAUUAUGAAGCUCAAAAGGUUUGCAAAUUGGCCCACCCUGAGUUGAAGCUAAUCUUCAUUACACCAACACCUGAUAUGGACUGUGUUACUUGUUUUCAACAAAAUUUGAUUUGAUUGACUCGAAAUAAAUCACUUUUCAAUAGGAAAAUGUGAAAACUAUAAUAGAAAUGCCACUAACCUUUCAUUAGUUAGUUGAAAAACACUGUUAAGUACUGCAUUUUAGAACGAUUUUAGUAAAAGAUGCUACAAAAUGAGCUCUAGGGUACUUAUAUAACUACUGUACUAUAUAAAAUUGUGUUUUUUUUUUUUUUUUUGUUCACUUAUUUAAUAAUUUUUUUUUUCCAUGUUACUUUUUAUCAUUUAAAUAUUUUAUGUAAAGUUAUUAAAAAUAUAAUAUUGUUUAUGAAGAAUUGACCCUUAUUUUUUCACUCUGUAAAAUGGAAUAAAGAUCGGAAUUAUUAAUGGGAGUCCGUAGAAGAAAUUCCAAAAUGAAGGUUGCUUUUCGAUUCUUUCGUAUCUUGGUUUUUCUGGGUCGUUAAUUGUCGGUUCUAGUUGGGAUGGAGACUUUUCUUCUUCUGGUAUCAUAAUUUUAGAUGCACGAUAAUUUUCUACUUUAUUUUUGUUCUAUUUUUUUUUUUUUGUUUAUCGAGGCAUUUUGUGAGUUUCUAAAGAAUUUGAAUUUGUCACUUAUCUGUCAAAU